UUUUGUAAAAAUAUGUUAUCUUAGAGUGAUCAGACAAACACAUUCACUUAACCAUUCAUGUUUUGCAUAAUUUGUUAUAAGUAGUCAUACAGAAUGCUGGUGUUGUAUGGCUUUGCGAAUUCACUUGAGUGGGAAGAAGUUUUUCACUUGUUGAGCAUUUUUUUGUAGAUUGAUAUCUCUGGUCUCCAACACAUCACCACUAAGUUAGGAAGUCAGCUAGAAAAAGUGAAUUUGAUGAACUGCACUCACUUAAGAGGAGGACAUAUACUUCCACUUAUUCAGGAAAAUUGUCCAAACUUGACAUUCCUGGAUGUGAGUGGCACUAAUAUAAGAACAAUCCACAUAGAAAAGCUACAGGCAGGUUGUCCCAAGUUGAAAGAACUCUUCCUGGUUAAUUUGGUGCUCAACUCGACACCUACAUGUAAAACUCUGAAUGAUGAAAAGAAACCAAGCGGUUUUCCACAGCUAGAAAACCUGGGCCUACCGUGUGGCUAUAUUGGAGUCGACCACCGUAGAACUGACAAGUUUUUGUAUAGAAUUCUGUGGUCGUCACACAACUUGAGAGUUUUGGACAUCAGAGGCCCUAACAGAUUCAGUCCUGAAGGAUUACGGAGGCUUCCAGUUAUCUCCCUGGAACAGCUAUAUCUCACAAGCAACGCUUCCACGUUUAGUAAAAUGGCGGCUAUUGUAGAAAAGUGGCAUCAUAGUUUGGAAGUUUUGGACCUUUCCUUGAAUAAAGACAUCGAAGACGAGCACGUGGAGCUGUUACGUAAUUUUGGAAUGCCGAAGCUCCACACUUUAGAUCUCAGCAGUACGAGUAUCACAGCCGAUGGAGUGAGGAGCGUUCUGAAUGGCUGUCCAAAUCUCACGGACCUGAAUUUAGUAUCUUGCCGCGGAGUACCUCGAGGAAUCAAACGUCGCCAUCAAGGAGAGAGUCUUCGUAAUCUUCCACAAAGGAUGAUGGACAUCGAACAGGAGAGCGCUGAAAGCGAAUGAAUGAACUCGCUUGUGAAUAAAAUCAUUAACAAUUCUA